CUGUACUAACAAAUUAGGCCCUUUUCAUCUUUCUUCGAAUUUCUGUUGGGAAGAGUCAGUGAUGCAGCUGCCUCACCUUCAAUAGUAGCCCCAGGGAUUAUCUCAGGGAAAGAAGAUGGCUACAAUGGCUCAGCUUAGUUGCCCUUCACUUGCUGCUCAUUAUUGCCUUAUCUUUACCUCUCCCCACACAAGUAUUAGUUUCGGAUUAGGCAAUAACACUUUCCCAUCAUCACAAUGCAGUAAAAUUACGAAACCGUUGAACUUUGAUCUUCAAACCAAAUUACACACCCCCUGUGCUGGUGGUGGCGGUGGGCAGGGGGAUGGUGGUGGAAAUGGUGGCCGUGGAGAGUGGAGUGGUGGAGGAGGAGACUCAGAUGAAUCUAGGCCUUCGGGGGAUGGGUUUGGACCAAUCGGGGCUCUUAUAAACGGUUGGAGGUCGAGGGUUGUUGCUGAUCCACAAUUCCCUUUCAAAGUUCUCAUGGAAGAAAUUGUGGGCCUCGGCUCAUGUAUUCUUGGAGACAUGGUGUCCCGGCCCAAUUUUGGUCUCAAUGAGCUCGACUUUGUGUUCUCGACUCUUGUUGUUGGCGCUAUUUUGAAUUUCGUGCUCAUGUACAUCUUGGCUCCCACCUCAUCUUCUUCAAUCCAAACUCUGCCGGCCAUAUUUGCGAAUUCUCCUGCAAGCCAUAUGUUUGAACCGGGGCCAUAUAGUAUGUUGAGUAGGCUUGGUACUUUUGUGUAUAAAGGCACUCUAUUCGCUGCUGUUGGAUUUGCAGCUGGACUAGUAGGGACUGCCAUUUCAAACGGGUUGAUUAUGAUGAGGAAGAAGAUGGAUCCUGAUUUUGAGACGCCCAACAAGCCUCCGCCUACGCUUCUAAACGCUGUCACUUGGGCAAUCCAACUGGGAAUCAGCAGCAAUUUGAGGUACCAAUCUCUGAAUGGCAUUGAGUAUCUUCUCGCCAAGGGACUUCCACCAUAUGUUUUCAAGACCUCUGUCAUCAUUUUGAGAUGCUUGAACAACGUCCUUGGAGGGAUGUCGUUUGUCACUCUGGCUAGGUUGACGGGAUCGCAAAUUGUUGAGGGAGGGAAGGCGAAUGUUGCUGAGGAUGGGCGCUGAACGGUGAGAGAGAAUGCAAAAUUGGCGAGCAAAGCACAUGCACUUGCAAACAAGCCGGAUUACUUCCUAGCAAUCCGUCAUCCUAGCGCAUAAGGUUUAGUUUGCUUCUCUCUUGUCCUACGCUUUCUGCAACGAAAACAAUCGGCUUCUGUGUAACAAUUCAAGACUCAGUGUCUUCUAAAACCCAUCCUCCAUGUUUUCUCUUGAGGGGAGGGAGCUUUUGUUGAGCUAGAUUAACAAUUAGUCUGAUGUAUUUUGGUUCUGUUUGUAAAUUGAGGGAUUGGGAUGCAGAAAUGGUUAUGAGAACUUGGAUAGUUUUAACUCUCA